ACAUUAUGUGAGACUAUGGGGAAAGCUGAAAUUUGGCUAAUCCGAACAUAUUGGGAUUUGGAAUUUCCUCGUCCAUACUUACCGAAUUUUGAGUUUGUUGGAGGACUGCACUGCAAACCUGCCAAACCAUUACCUAAGGAAAUGGAAGAAAUUGUCCAGAGUUCAGAUGAACAUGGUGUUGUGGUGUUUUCUAUGGGAUCAAUGGUCAAAAACCUCACAGAAGAAAAGGCCAAUAUUAUUGCCUCAGCCCUCGCCCAGAUUCCACAGAAGGUUUUAUGGGGAUAUGGAGGGAAGAAUCCAGCCACAUUAGGAAACAAUACUCAUCUCUAUGACUGGAUACCCCAGAAUGAUCUUCUUGGUCAUCCCAAAACCAAAGCUUUUAUCACUCAUGGUGGAACUAAUGGGAUCUAUGAAGCAAUUUAUCAUGGGAUCCCUAUGGUGGGAGUUCCCAUGUUUGCGGAUCAGCCUGAUAACAUUGCUCACAUGAAGGCCAAAGGAGCAGCCGUGGAGGUGGACUUGAACACAAUGACAAGCACCACAUAUUUAGCUCUAGUAAAAACAAACCCCCAGACUCUCUAAUUUCUGUCUAUGCGUUUGCCUUCUAGUUAUAAAGAGAAUGCUAUGAGGUUAUCAAGAAUUCACCAUGAUCAACCCGUAAAGCCCCUGGAUCGAGCAGUCUUCUGGAUUGAGUUUGUCAUGCGCCACAAGGGAGCCAAGCACCUGCGACCAGCUGCCCACAAUCUCACCUGGGUCCAGUACCACUCUUUGGAUGUGAUUGGGUUCCUGCUGGCCUGUGUGGCAACUUCCAUCAUAUUAGUCACGAAAUGUUGUUUGUUUUCUUCUCAAAAAUUUGGCAAAACCGGAAGGAAGAAAAAGAGAGACUAG